AUGGCUGAGAAGACUGAAGAAGAUAAAGCUCCAAGCUCUUCACAGAACCUGACGUGUCCGCUAUGUCUUGAUAUCUUCGACGAGGCGACCAUCCUGACUUCAUGCGGACACACCUUCUGUCGGAAAUGUCUCGAGAACUAUGACCUGUCCCAUCAGGAUCUCGAUCACAUGAUCUGCCCUCUCUGCAGGGAGGUCACCAAGUUGUCUGCGAACCGUGUCAAAGAUUUCCUCACCAAUGUGACUGUCAACGCACUGGUAGGCCUAGACGAUUACCACGCCAAGAGUGGAGGGAUGAACGCUGUCCUUGAGAUGCGUCCAAAAUGCACUGCUUGCAAACGUCAAGAAGAGGCUGUGUCAUUCUGCCAAACCUGCAACAGCUACUUGUGUGAGCAAUGUCUGACGAGUCAUCAGAAUUUGUCUGUAAUGUUUGAGGCCCAUGAGAUUGUAUCCGUACAGGAUAUCAUCAACGGGAAGGUCAGCAUUAGUCAUCUAUCCGAGAAGUGUUACAUCCACAAACAAGAGAACAAAGAUAUGUUUUGUGAGGAUUGUAAGGUCCACGUCUGUCUCAAGUGCGUGAUCGUCGGUCAUCAAUUUCACAAAAUCAAGAACCAGGCUGACUUUGAGCAGGAGUUACGGCUUAAGGUGAACGACCUUGUCCAGCGAUGUGCCACUAAGAAAUCAGAACUGGAGAAGAACAUUCAGAAUGUGGAAUUACAACGCCAUGAAGUAUACGUUGCCGUGCAGAAACUAUUGGACGAUGUCAGUCUAGCCUACAGCAUCAAGGCUAAAGAGCUUGAGGAAAAUCAUCAACAUCUUGUCGAGCAAAUCAAUGCAGUAAAGCAGAGUUUCGAGGACGACCUCAACGUCUUGAAAUCCAAGGAUCGACAGAGGAUCAAGAGUAUUUGCAGUUCAAUAACACUGGUAGCUAAUGACGGACUAGGUCAUCUUGAGACAGACAGUCUGUCGGCUCAUACCUUGCUCUGUGAGGAGCUAGAUGACAUGCUGAAAGAGGCUACUGAUCACAUUUCUGCGGCAGCCAUUACGAAGAAAGCGCAGGAGAAGAAGUUCAAGCCUGCAGAUGAUAGUCGUCUUGAUCUCGGGAGCAUCUCAGAAUCAGCUACUGAUCACACUUCUGCGGCAGCCAUUACGAAGAGAGUACAGAAGAAGAGGUUCAAUCCUGCAUUUGAUAGUCGUCUUAACUUUGGGAGCAUCUCAAAAUCAAAUCCCAAGGUUCAAGUCAUUCAGUGUGUAGAUCUACGGGGACGAAUGUGGGGUAUGACCCCGUACUCUGAUGAUAGUGUGGCUAUUGGAUAUUUGAAUGCACAUGGUAUAGAUAUCAUUGAUUCAACUGGUAAACAGGAGAAGUAUGCAAACAUACCAAGUGACAUGGAGUGUUAUGAUCUUGUGUUUCAACAAGACAGGUCGUUAUGUAUAUCGACGAGUAGCAAAGUAGACAAAUAUUCUCCAAAUGGCUCCAGGAAAUCAACCGUCCACGUGAAAUGCAAUGGCUGUCUCAGACUAAACAAUAGUCCAUCAGAUGAAAUCCUCAUCGCUAACUAUGAUAGGAAAGUCUAUAUCUAUGACCCGACUGGAUCCACUCUCAAACACACUGUUCCAACAAAACACAACGCUACGAGCCAGGUAUCUGCUACCAGGUCGGGUUUGAUCGUCACGAGUACAUGUAAUUAUCCCAAUCCAAGCGUGGUGACGGUCUAUGACAGGGAUGGGAAUGCUGGUAAGUCUCUACAAGCUCCAAGCGGUGUCUACCUAUAUGCUGCCGUGGAUGAGCAGGACAGGGUGUAUGUAGCGAGUGUUGAUAGCAAGAAUGGCAACGUGGUGAUACGGCUCUAUGUCCUUGAAGGUCUGAACCUGAAGGAUAGAGUUAAGUUCAAAAGACUUAAUCUGACGCUUGGUUGGGACUGGUGUUACUUGGUUUCCCUCUCUCCAGACAUGCUAGCGUUUGCUCGUGACAAUAAGUUGUAUUAUAUCAAAGUAUCACUGUAA